AUAUACUCAGUUUUGCCUUUCCUAUGCAGAUUUUGCCCAGAUACCAACUCACAACACCCUUAUCUUCUUGAUCUCACUUCUCUUUUUAAAGACUUUUGGAUUCCUCAACCACUCCACCAAACUUACAAGUGCUCUCUCCCCUAUUUUUGUGUCCUACUAUAGCUUUUGAUCAAAAACUCUUGUUUGAUUUUCCUUAGAUGAUCAAAAGGUUUUGUUGCGAGUUUGUCUCGAAUUCAAUUCAAAUGCUGUUCAUAACCCGUUGAUUGUUCUCAAUUUUCGGUUCCGCGCUUUCAAGUUAGUUAUGAGUAACCCGACAAGCCCAAGGACUAGGCCUAUGUCCGAUUUGGCUUACGAUCGAGGUUGAUAGGGAAAACCAAGCACCCAAUUUCAUUUUUUUUUUUUGUUUCUUCAAAAAAAAAGCUUGUAGAUUUGUCUGGAGUGUGAGAUGGAUGUUACAAAGGGCAAGGAGAAGAAGAAGAAUUUCCUCGUCAAGGCAUGGGAAAAGUGUCGGUCGAUUUGCGGCAGAGGUGAUCACAUGAAGUCUCCGUCUUACCCAUCGGGAAAAUUAUCGAAGAGCAAGUCGUGCCAUGUCCAAGUCGCUCCGGAAGGUUGCUUCUCGGUAUACGUGGGGCCGGAGAGACAACGGUUCGUGAUCAAGGCCAAAUUCGCCAAUCACCCGCUGUUCAAAAUGGUGCUGGAAGAUGCUGAAACGGAGUAUGGGUUCAAUUGUGACGGCCCUCUGUUGCUCCCUUGUGAAGUUGAUCUGUUUUACAAGGUAUUGGCAGAAAUGGAUUGCAAAGAGACUUCACCUCAUUGUGGAUUCGUGUAUGGAUCGUGUAGCCCAUUCAGCCCGUGUCGUCGUCGUCGGGGGAAGGGAAGUAUGGGCCAGGGUUAUGGAUCGUAUGGGCUUUUGACUCCGUCGCGAUUGCUUAAGAUGAACCAGUUUUAGCUUAGUAGUAUGAGGAUAUCUUGGUUUGACUUAACAAAAAAAAACAAAAAAAAAGCUGGAUUAUAGGCUUAUUCAAAUCCGGCGUACUAAUUUGCCA